AUACUCUGCGUGUUUAUGUUGCUGCUGACAGCGGUCGUCGUGUCUGCUGACUGCCCUGGCCAAGCAUUGAGCACCAAGUGUCGGGAGGGAUGGACGUAUUUCAAUGGAUCUUGUUAUGGUUUUGGAGAUGUCCCUAGAAACUGGGUCGAUGCUGCGGCAUAUUGUUUUGUGCACGGCGCCUAUCUGGUGGAGAUUGAAAGCGAAAGAGAAAACACCUGGUUGGUCAAUACAAUCAAAGCUAUCAACUUCGGUUCAAUCUGGAUUGGAGGAAGUGAGGUCUUGUAUCGAAAAGCCGUGGUGUGGGCGUACAGUGGAAAUACUCUCACUUACCAAGACUGGUCACCUGGUCAGCCUGCAGACCCUCCAGGAGUUUUGGAGGACUGCACCGAGAUCAGGCAGCCAUUCGGGUAUAAGUGGAAUGACUUCCAGUGCGAUCAGCUCAACAGAUUCGUCUGUGAGACCAG